CCCGCGACGAGAGGGUGCGCCGCGCCUGGUGCUCCAGGUGCAGUUCCCAGGCGCUUGGGGGCCCGCGGUGGCCUGGGAGGGUGGCCUGUCUCGGAUCUGCUCUUGCCUCGUCUCUACGCUCUAUCCACUGGACGCCAGUGAGCCUCAGAAUUCAGGGAGGCUACCUUGAUAUCCCUGGUAUGUCAGAAGCCUGAGUGAGCCCUGCUGCAAGGCCGAAGUGACCUCAGCUGCCCUCCCCCGCCUGGUGUCGAGAUGCUGAGCCUGAAGCUCCCCAGGCUGUUCCGCAUAGACCAGGUGCCACAGGUGUUCCAUGAGCAGGGCAUCCUCUUUGGCUACCGACACCCACAGAGUUCCGCCACUGCCUGCAUCCUCAGCCUCUUCCAAAUGACCAAUGAGACCCUCAACAUCUGGACGCAUUUGCUACCCUUCUGGUUCUUUAUGUGGAGGUUCAUGACUGCACUGUAUAUGACAGACAUCCAGAAUGACAGCUACUCAUGGCCUAUGCUCGUGUACAUGUGCACCAGCUGUGUGUACCCCCUCGCAUCCAGCUGCGCACACACGUUCAGCUCUAUGUCCAAGAACGCCCGGCAUAUCUGCUAUUUUCUGGACUAUGGUGCGGUCAAUCUCUUCAGCCUGGGCUCAGCCAUCGCCUACUCCGCAUACACGUUCCCUGAUGCACUGGUCUGCAGCACCUUCCAUGAGUGUUACGUAGCCCUGGCCGUGCUGAACACCAUUCUCAGCACUGGCCUCUCCUGCUACUCCAGGUUUCUUGAACUCCAGAAGCCCCGGCUCUGCAAGCUGCUUCGGGUCCUGGCCUUCGCCUAUCCCUACGCCUGGGACUCACUCCCCAUCUUCUACAGGCUCUUCCUGUUCCCAGGGGAGAAUUCAAGAAAUGAAGCCAUGCUGUACCACCAGAAGCACAUGGUCAUGACCCUCCUGGCCUCUUUCUUGUACUCUGCUCACCUGCCAGAGCGACUGGCUCCUGGACGCUUUGACUACAUCGGCCACAGUCACCAGCUGUUUCACGUGUGCGUCAUCCUGGCCACACACUUGCAGAUGGAAGCCAUCCUUCUGGACAAGACGCUGAGGAGAGAGUGGCUCUUGGCCACCUCCAGACCCUCCUCUUUGCCUCAGAUAGCAGCGGCCAUACUUCUGUGCAUCAUCUUCAGCCUCAGCAACAUUAUUUAUUUCUCAGCUGCUCUGUAUCGGAUCCCUGAGCCUGAAUUACAUGAAAAGGAAACAUGAUUUCA